AUGGCUGCCACACAGUCCGGGAUUGACGACGAUGAAAUCUUCCGACCUACUAUGACCGAAUUUGACACGGUAGAGACAUGGGCGAAGGAAGAACUUGGCAUUGAAGAGAAUGAUGCACACUGGGAGGCGCAAAUGGCGAGGUUACUUGUCGGAUUGGAAGUCCAAUUCGACCGCGGCAUACAGCCGACUGCGCAGGGGCCAAUUGGGGGCCCUAUUUACGAUUAUCGUAGCCAGCCCAACCUACGGUUGGAACCUCCUUUUUACACCUACUACGCAGAUAUUCAUAUAGUUCAAUUGAUCUCUUCGUCAACUACGGUUCGAACCAACUACCCUGUAAUAGGGAUACCAACAUUACUAUACUACAUCGUGAUGCCGAAAUAUGAGUGCGAGAAGAGAGCCCGGAGAGCGGUCAAACUUAAUCCUGAUGAUUGGUUCGCUGCUUACAACCUGACCCGCUCAUUCGACGAGGAUCGUGACGCCGAGGCGAUCUCGGUUCUCGAAAGCAUCGUUGAGAAAGUUUCGAAUCGUCCUCCCGGCACACUCAACCAGUACGAUCGGGAGUCAUUUGCGGGUGUACUAGAAACCUUGGGCGAUCGUUAUUGGAACAUGCCCGACAAUUCCGGUACGGAAAAGGCAUUUCAUAGUUACCUGCAGGCCUUGGACCAAACUCAAGACCCUGCAGCCGGGAGCUACCGCCAAUUCAUCGCGAACAAGCUUGGGCAACGCAGGGAAUGGAAACUCAUUAUCGAGUUCUGCGAGAAGCUCCAUUCAUUCACAUUUGGUGGCAUGAAUCUGGCCAGCAAAAUCCUUGGCGACGGAACCGCGUACAACACUGGGGAGUUCUGGUACGCGAUGUGGAACGCUUGCUAUCGUACCGAGCGCUGGGAUUUGCUCGCGGAGAUGUGGAGAGGCACCAACAAAAAGUCCAGUGACCAAGAAAGAGACCCGUACUGGAAUAACUACACAAAUAUGUGGUACGCUAUCGGUUUGUUCCGUCGGCCUGGUCACGAGGACGAAGGUGUGAUGAUGUUGGAGGGUAUCUUCAAGGAGAACUGUGUCAUUGAGCGAGUACCAGUACCGUUCAUGCAAUUUGAUGUCGCUUCUACUCUUCUAGUCGCCUACAACAACAAAGCUUUCGCUGAAAAUACCUCCGCCGAUACAAGAAAAAUCUACGCCAAUAAGACAGAGGGUUUGCUCAAAGGCUUAGAUGAAGGUUUUCCAAUGCCUGAUCUCUGCCUACUCCAGCUAGCCCGAUUCUUUCACCUAGACGGAAAGCAAGACCGCGCCAGAGACCUUGUUGCCAAUUUCACGGCUCAAAGACUCGAGAUGCUCUCCGACGAAGAUGUCAGCAAUGACUACGAUUCGUUCCGCGAUCUGGCUCUCUUGUUCAUCGCGUUCAUCGAUGAAGCUCACAUAAUCGCAUGCUGGGAGAUGAUGGCUGUGUCAAGAUUUGCUGAACAAGCAGACUAUGAACGCAAGAUGGAGGAAUGGCGCAAGCAAGAGGAGCGACAGAUCCGUCUAGAGGAUGCAGCCGCUGCAAAGAGAAAAGCCAUCGAACUGCCGACGACCGAUCGGAUGACCGAGUGUCCGAAGAGAGAGAGCCCAAAGGACAGCACAGAAGAGACGGCAGUGGAAGGAGAAGAGAAAGAGCCCGGAGAAGCGACAACAAAGGAGCUGUCAGAGGAAAUGGACGAGGCCGAAAUCAAGCCCUGGCUCGAUAUGCCGGAGAUGCUCGAUAAUUCGAUCUUCAUCUGCUCUGAGCAAUGUGGGUUCAAGACCAAUAUCCCCACUGGGAUUUGGCUCUGUACAACUUGUAUCGUUGGCCCUAGCCUCUGCAAUUCAUGCUACGCAGAUAUUGAGACCAAUGGAGUCAGGGACAUAACAUGCGGGAAGGAUCACAAGUUUUUCCAACUGCCUCCGUCCAGUAGAGACUCGAUCGAAGAGAUUCCGGUUGGUUAUAUCAGAGUUGGCGGCGAGCUUGUCGCCUUUGAGGCGUGGAAAGCAACAGUGCAUGCCAAAUACGGACCGAAUGUAGAGAAGAUAGCCGUGGCGGACGAGAGAUAUGAUGAGCAGAAGGAAGAGGAAUAG